AUGUCCGCCCCCGUGCCAAUCGCCACCACCCCGCAGCGCCCGUACUUCCCCCACCUCGCGUCGAGCGUCGGCUCCAUGACCGACGAAGACUGGCGCGCCAUGCGCCCCGCCGCGACGGACAUCUCGCCCCUCUCCACGCCUGCCAACACGCCCCUCGGCGAACGCGACAGCUACUGCGCGUACGCGAGCCUCGGGGAGGUCAUGCACCACUUUGAGAGCUUUAGCUGUGUCAACUUGUCGACGUAG